AUGAAAUUUUCAACUUCUCCUCCUACAAGUCGUUGUACAUCUCCAAUUUUAGUAGAUGUAGGAUCAACGUUACCAACGCCUGUUACAUAUAGGCAUAAUUGUAUCAGUGCUGCAACAAAAUGUUAUAAAUACUUGAGGAAGUUAUUAAAAUUUGAGCAAAUGGAUUUUGAGUUUGCAUUAUGGCAAAUGAUAUUUUUAUUUACAGCACCACAAAAAGUUUAUAGAAAUUUUCAAAGUAGAAAACAAACAAAAUCACAAUUUGCAAGAGAUGAUCCAGCAUUUUUAGUAUUAUUAACAUGUUGGCUUUGUAUUUCUGCAGUUGGUAUUGCCGUAGUUUUGGGAUUAGGAUUUUUCCAAUUUAUAAGACUUUUACUUUAUAUGAUUUUUGUUGAUUAUAUUGUUGUUGGUUUAAUAGUAGCCACUGUUUUUUGGUUUAUAACUAAUCGAUAUUUAAGAAUUGAUAAAAGUCAAGAUGUCGAAUGGGGAUAUGCAUUUGACAUUCAUUUGAAUGCUUUUUUUCCACCUUUAAUAAUACUUCACAUUCUACAACUUUUUAUAUAUAAUGGCCUCAUAAAUACAAAUGUCUUUGGUGGACGAUUUGUUGGGAAUACACUUUGGUUUAUAUCUGUUGCAUAUUACAUAUACAUCACAUUUUUGGGCUAUACAAGUGUUGAAAUACUUCAUAAGACACACAUCAUUUUUUCUGCUCUACCAAUAAUGCUGUUAAUAUAUAUAAUUACAUUAUGUUCUGGAAUCAAUAUCAGUCGUUUGAUUAUGGAUUUUUAUCACUAUAGAGUUAAUUAA